CUGAGUGAGCAGCAGAGACAGCUCGGAGAAAGUGUUCGGCUGUCUGCCACCUCCACAGCUUCACCCGGAUAUUGCGCUGCACAGUCUCACAUCAUGUCGUUUAUUCUUAUGAAGAAAAAGAGAUUUAAAUUUAAGGUGGACUUCGACUUGGAGGAAUUGUCGUCGGUUCCCAUUGUCAACGGAGUUUUAUUUUGUAAAGUCAGACUACUGGAUGGAGGUUUUGCUGAAGAGUCCUCCCGGGAGCCCGUCCAAGCCAACUGUGUGCGCUGGAAGAAGAAAUUCUCUUUCAUGUGUAAGAUGAGUGCCAACGCUGGAACGGGUGUGCUAGACCCCUGUGUUUGCCGUGUGUCGGUGCGCAAGGAAUUGAAGGGUGGAAAAACAUACGCAAAGCUGGGCUUUGCUGACUUAAACUUGUCUGAGUUUGCUGGGUCUGGCAGCACAGUACGACGCUGUCUCCUGGAGGGAUAUGACACAAAGAACACCAGACAAGAUAACUCAAUUCUCAAGGUUGUCAUCACCACACAGCUUAUGUCUGGAGAUCCCUGUUUUAAAACUCCCCCAUCUACAGCCAUGACUCUGGGGGUCCCACAGGCAAAUGCAGAGUGUCUACUUGAGGGGAGGAAAGGAGGAGACAUGCACAUAUCACACUCAGUCUCUGGGACUCCAGGAAAGUCUGUAUCCGUGCCAGAGGAGCUGGUAACAUUUGGUCACUCUCGAACACCCAGCUAUGCAAGUCAGCUGUCAAAAAUUUCAGGUUACAGCUCAAACAACUCCAGUUUAACAGAUCUGAGCCAUCGGCGGAGCGGGUCAGGAGGUUCUGCCUCUACGGGCAUCGGCAGCAUCCUUGAACACAGUGAUCAGCAGGUGGAGAGAGGAGAGAAGGAGAAUAAGACUACUCCCCCAGUCUCUGCAACUUAUCAUCAUACGUUUGACAGCCCUGCAAUACAUUUAAAGGCUCAAAGACACCCAGUCAAGCAGAACUCUGUGGAGAAUCAGCUGAAAAGAGUCGACGCGACCAGAGUGGAUGCAGAUGAUAUAAUUGAGAAAAUCCUCCAGAGCCAGGAUUUCAGCCACGGAUUCUUGGACUCCAGUGCAGAGGAGGAGGGGCUCAGCUUGUUUGUUGGUCCUGGAGGAAGCACAGCUUUGGGAAGCCAGCACAUGAGGGUCGCAAUUGGAGCCUUUGAGCAGGUGGUCAUCAAGCGCUAGGCUUUGGAAAGCACGUGUCCCCACAAAGGGUGCUGUAUUAUUCUGAUGCAGAGGCCAAAGGACUGAACAGUGGAUUUACCAUCAGAACUUGCACCAUCUCAUUCCAAGGGAGAUCUAAUUUCUCUUAUGCAAUCGCUCUCCAGCUGAUGUGCAGCUUAGCCAGGACAGCCCCCUAGUGUUCAGGAAGUGGAGCUGAAGGCCACAUUAUUGAAACGUUUUGCGGACUGAGAUAACUGGUGCACUGAUCUUCUUGUCCUCUCUGGAAAAAGUAAGACAUACUGUAAGUCUUCUGCUUACCCCACUUAGUGGCAUUUUCAUGCUGGGGUUUUCAUUUAAAAAAAUGCUUAAAAUAAUUCCACAUGUCCCUUACAUGUCUUUGGUACAGCUGUGAUUUUUUUUUUAAAUUCACUUGAAGUGACAAGCCAAAAUGUCUGUGUCAGUGGGUUUGUUUUGGUUUUGGUAUUUAAGCUGCAAAAGCAAAAGAGGGUUGUGGAAGAAUUAUGGCAUAUGACUGUGGGUUAAAGAGGGUUUCUUUCCUCUCUCUCAUUUUUUAACAGGUGUUUUCUGCAAGAAAGGUAAACUUUUGACAUCUGUGAAAAGGAUUUUAUCUAAAUGUAGAUUCCAGACAAUUGCACACCUCUACCUAUGUAAAAUCUAAGUAUUAUAAAACUGACAAUGGUUAUAGUAGGUUGGUUGGUUGGUUAUUUAUUGUGGUUGUAGUAAGAUUUUAUUUUAAUAAUUCAUGCUCAAUACAAAUGAACACCUUUCUUCAUCUGGUUGUGAUGAAGGGUUACAGCAUUGAAAAUAUUCACAUUAAUACAGUUAAUUGUGUGUGGAUGUUAAGUUAAUCAUAAUCAUCAUAAUAAUAAUAGUAAUAUAUUUUUUAGUCACAAAUUUGUUUUACCAAAUUAAAGAUGUACAAUGCUUAAUGUAUAUUUUGCUGCCAAAUAUACGUCUUUGUACAUCAUCUGUUUCAGUAUGUCAUUCUGACAACCCGCUGGUUAUCAUCACAUGCACAUAUCUGUUUAUAGAGAUUAACUGUAUAUACACUCAGUCAGUUUGUUGACA